AUGUUGGACAAACUAUUAACUCCUGUUAAGAUAAACAAAUGCAUCGUACCAAAUAGGUUCAUGAAAUCACCAACAUACAUGCAUGACUGUGAUGAAAAUGGCUUUGCCAUUCCAAAAUACCAGAAAUAUUAUAGAGAUCUUGCAGAUGGUAAGUUUGGACUCAUUACUCUUGGAUAUUAUGCAACACAUAAGAAAACCAGAGCUCUUCCUGGUCAAGCCAUCUUACACACUGACGCGCAUGCAGAAGGUUGGCGUGAAACUAUUGAUUAUAUUCAUUCAAAAGGUGCCAAAACAAUCAUGCAAAUUGCAGAUUGUCGUAACAUCAAGACAAAUGGCAAGUUUAUGUCCCUUUCUGAAAUUUCCGAGUCAAUUGAACUUUUCGUGAAUGCUGCUAAAAAAGCGCAAAAUGUUGGAGCAGACGGAAUUGAAAUACACGCUGCACAUGGAUAUUUACUCUCUUUAUUCCUUUCUCCACUUACUAAUACAAGAGAAGAUUAA